GGGGGGAGGCGCGUCGCGAGGCGAGCGUCCUCCUUUUGUGCGAGCGCCGGCGGCUCGGCUUCUCGAAGGUAAACAGCGCUUCCUCUUCCUCCUCGCCGCUCCUCUUCCUUUUAUAGUUAUUUCUCGCCUGGCACUCGCCCGGGCUGCUGCUGCUGCUGCUGCUGCCGCCGCGGCGGGGGCAGCUCGCAAACCUGUGGCGGUGACGUGAGCCCCGCCAACCCGGAAACGGCGGCGGCGGCGGCACCGGAGGCUCCGAGGCUCCUGCGCUCCCGCGCCGCGCUCCCCUCGCCCGCCCGGGCCGCCAGGAGAAGAAACUGAGGCCUGGAAUUUGACUAACUCAUUCAAGGUUACCCAGUUGGUAAUUCAUUUGCACACCUGUUAGCAAGAAACAGAAGUUGAAGGACUGGAACAAGUGAACUAGGAAAGAGGGAACGCCAAUCCAAGGAUAGAAGGACAAGGACAGAAUCACCAGCACUGGCUGAAGGUUUGCUGGCAUGGGUAAUCUCAUUAAGGUGCUAACCAGGGACAUAGACCACAAUGCAGCACAUUUUUUCUUGGACUUUGAAAGUACCUUAACAUGGGGAAUCUUCUUAAAGUUUUGACAUGCACAGACCUUGAGCAGGGGCCAAAUUUUUUCCUUGAUUUUGAAAAUGCCCAGCCUACAGAGUCUGAGAAGGAAAUUUAUAAUCAGGUGAAUGUAGUAUUAAAAGAUGCAGAAGGCAUCUUGGAGGACUUGCAGUCAUACAGAGGAGCUGGCCACGAAAUACGAGAGGCAAUCCAGCAUCCAGCAGAUGAGAAGUUGCAAGAGAAGGCAUGGGGUGCAGUUGUUCCACUAGUAGGCAAAUUAAAGAAAUUUUACGAAUUUUCUCAGAGGUUAGAAGCAGCAUUAAGAGGUCUUCUGGGAGCCUUAACAAGUACCCCAUAUUCUCCCACCCAGCAUCUAGAGCGAGAGCAGGCUCUUGCUAAACAGUUUGCAGAAAUUCUUCAUUUCACACUCCGGUUUGAUGAACUCAAGAUGACAAAUCCUGCCAUACAGAAUGAUUUCAGCUAUUAUAGAAGAACAUUGAGUCGUAUGAGGAUUAACAAUGUACCGGCAGAAGGAGAAAAUGAAGUAAAUAAUGAAUUGGCAAAUCGAAUGUCUUUGUUUUAUGCUGAGGCAACUCCAAUGCUGAAAACCUUGAGUGAUGCCACAACAAAAUUUGUAUCAGAGAAUAAAAAUUUACCAAUAGAAAAUACCACAGAUUGUUUAAGCACAAUGGCUAGUGUAUGCAGAGUCAUGCUGGAAACACCGGAAUACAGAAGCAGAUUUACAAAUGAAGAGACAGUGUCAUUCUGCUUGAGGGUAAUGGUGGGUGUCAUAAUACUCUAUGACCACGUACAUCCAGUGGGAGCAUUUGCUAAAACUUCCAAAAUUGAUAUGAAAGGUUGUAUCAAAGUUCUUAAGGACCAACCUCCUAAUAGUGUAGAAGGUCUUCUAAAUGCUCUCAGGUACACAACAAAACAUUUGAAUGAUGAGACUACCUCCAAGCAAAUUAAAUCCAUGCUGCAAUAACAAUUCUGGAAUAAGCACCUGCUGUAGACAGAAGACAGUAUUCUGCAAUGACUGAGAAUGCAGUUUUUUAGUGAUUGCAAUUACUAUCUCAUUUAUUCUUGCUUUUAUUUCUUUCCUCUGUUCCUCUUCCCUCUUUUUUAAUCAUGUUCUUGUUCUUAAGACUUCUUUUCUGUGCCAAAAUCAGUAAAGUUACACUCUGAAGGGAUAUCAUCCUUUCAAACGGGCCAUCUGAGGCAGCUAAUUAUGCAUUGCAUUGGGGUCUCUACUGAGAAAAAUUCUGUGACUUGAACUAAAUAUUUUUAAAUGUGGAUUUUUUUUGAAACUAAUAUUUAAUAUUGCUUCUCCUGCAUGGCAAAACUGCCUAUUCUGCUAUUUAAAAACCCUCAAUGACUUUAUUUUCUACUGCCGCCUUUUUCAUGUGCAACCAAAAUGAAAAUGUUUAAAUUAACUGUGUUGUACAAAUGGUACCCAACACAAACUUUUUUUAAAUUAGUAAUACUUUUGUUUAAAGUUUUAAGUUUGCAUUUUGACUUUUUUUGUAAGGAUGUAUGUUGUGUGUUUAACCUUUAUUAACUAACGUUAAAAGCUGUGAUGUGUGCGUAGAAUAUUACGUAUGCAUGUUCAUGUCUAAAGAAUGGCUGUUGAUGAUAAAAUAAAAAUCAGCUUUCAUUUUUCUAA